GGGGCAAACAAAUAUCGUCUCUUGUUGAGUUGUGCCCAGAGAUAUGAAAUCAUGGUUACGGCCUGGAAUCAAAGGGGACAUAACGACUUCAAUGAAAGCUCUGUGUUAUCAGUACUUACCGAAGAAGGUUUCCCGUUUACACCGUCGAUAACAGUUAUCAAAAGAAAGCAAUGUGGUAUUGUAGAGGUUUUGGGGAAUAGAUCACCUUCAGAUUCUGGUGGAGGUCCAAUAACUGGUUUCGAAGCGCAGAUUAGAAAGAGGAAUAGCCUGAACUGGAAUAAUUGCACGUAUGAUCUUUCAAAUGUUAAUUAUUCCUGUUCGAUCAAUGGUUCACUGAGUAAGAAUACCUAUGAUAUUCGCGUAAGAGCCGUCAACCAGAAAGGGCCGAGUCACUGGGCGAACCGAACAUUUACGGCAGGAAGAGUAGGUCCACCUGAUCCACCUAAGAUUUUGUACGACAAUUCUACAAUUUCUGGAAGAAAUGCUUCCGUGAAGUGGACUUCUCCUGAACACUAUUAUUGCAACAUUACCAUGUACUCCAUUUGCUACAGAGAGACAGAACCAAGUGUCAAUGGUUGGAAGCAAUUAAACGUUUCGGGAAUAACAAGUUAUGAACUGCAUCUUAAAUACAGCAAGAAAUAUGAAGUCAUAAUUGUUGCUUGGAACAAACUGGGACCAAGCGAAAGCAGCAAAGCGUGGGAACCAAGAACAGCACAAGAUGUGCCGUAUGAACCAAUCUUGCAUCAGCCAAUCCUUGAACAGUGCAACAUCAUCAACGUAUCUUGGAGUCCCCCAACGCGAGGGGCACUCGGAGAUCCAGUUACCCUCUAUGUACCUCAGAUAAAAAGGACUAAGUCUAAAGGAUCUUGGAUCAACUGCACAUGUUUCAGCGUUUUAAAUCCAAUGUCUUGUUUGUUUACUAACUCGACGCAGUAUACAAAUUAUGACGUCAGAGUCCUUGCAAAAAAUAAAAUAGGAUACAGUUUGCCCUCCAGCGUAUUGCAAAUUUCUACAGAAGAAGCAGACCAGCCUGGCACACCUGAAAUAAUUGAACGGAAAGUGUCAGGAUGCAAUGUGACCUUAAAGUGGACCACGCUAAAGUCAAAAAACUGCCCAAUACUUUUCUACACAAUCAGCUUCAGAAAAAAAUGUGCACCCCCUGAUGCCAUCGAGUGGGCUAUGAUAAAUAUUACGGACGUUACAGUCAAUCAAGUCACCAUCAAACUGAAUUGCACCACGACUUAUGAGUUUCAGUCCAGGGCUUGGAACCUGUUAGGAGGGAGUGCCAAUUCUACAAGACAUGAGGCAACUACAGAAGAUGUUCAAUCUGACUUUGACCAGACGACUGCGAAACAUCACCCAUCAGGUAUGGACAUAAAACGAGCAAAAGCCUCUUGCUCUCCAUAG